GUGGCGGGAGGGAACGGCUCUUCUCGGCGGCCCCGGAGAUCACAACGGUUGUCUUGGGAGAGCAGGCUUUGAUGGGAGCAAGAGUGCUCAGGAUGCCCAACUGCCUGCCAAAACUGACCAGGGUGGUGAUGAGCCACAAGCUCAGGGCUCUGUUUAUCCUCGCCUUUAAGUUUGUGUCCCUUGCCUCCAUCAUGUUGUACUGGAGAAUCGUGGAGGACCCUAAGGGCAGGGGCCAGGUCUGCAGCUUGCCUGUUCAAAUCCGCUGUGCUUACUCUGUGCCUUCUCCUCCCCGCACCAUUGCUGGUGGGCCCCCUCAUUCCCCAGGGGAUGUGUUUUUUGUGGAGACCUCUGAGCAAAUUAACCCAAGUUACCUGUUCACAUGCUCUGUGGAGUCAGCGGCCAGGACGCACCCUGGGACAAGGGUCGUGGUGCUCAUGAAAGGUUUGGCAAAUGGGAAUGCCUCCUUACCCAACCACUGGGCAUUCUCGUUGCUGAGAUGCUUCCCCAACGUGGAAAUCCGUCCCCUAGACUUACCAGAGCUUUUCUCAGGGACGCCUCUGGCAAAGUGGUACCUGCAGGCUCAGCAGCGCUGGGAACCGUAUUUCUUACCUGUCCUGUCUGACGCCUGCAGAAUUACCAUCAUGUGGAAAUUUGGUGGCAUCUACCUGGACACAGACUUCAUUGUGCUUAAGAACUUAAAGAACCUCACCAAUGCCCUUGGUCUCCAGUCUCAGGAUGUACUGAACGGGGCCUUUCUGUCCUUUACACCCAAGCAUGAGUUCAUGGAGCUUUGCAUGCAGGACUUUGUGGAUAACUACAACAGCUGGAUCUGGGGACAUCAGGGCCCACAGCUCUUAACGCGUGUCUUCAAGAAGUGGUGCUCCAUCAGGAGUCUUAGGAACAGUACGAGCUGCAAAGGAAUCACGACGGUUGUCUUGAGAGAGCAGGCUCUGACGGGAGCGAGACUGCCCAGGAUGUCCAGCUGCCUGCCAAAACUGACCACGGCGGUGCUGACCCAUAGGUUCAGGGCUCUGUUUAUCCUCACCAUUUCUUUUGUGUUCUUUGCCUCUGUCAUGUUCCACUGGAGAACUGGGGAGGACGCUGAGGGCCAGCUCUACAGCUUGCCUACACAAAGCAGGUGUGAACAGUUUUUGCCGCCUUCUCCCCACACCAUUGCUGGUGGGCCCCCUCAUUCCUCAGGGGAUGUGUUUUUUGUGGAGACCUCUGAGCGAAUUAACCCAAGUUACCUGUUCACAUGCUCUGUGGAGUCAGCGGCCAGGAUGCACCCUGGGACAAGGGUCAUGGUGCUCAUGAAAGGUUUGGCAAAUGGGAACGCCUCCUUACCCAACCACUGGGCAUUCUCAUUGCUGAGAUGCUUCCCCAACGUGGAAAUCCGGCCCCUAGACUUACCAGAGCUUUUCUCAGGGACACCUCUGGCAAAGUGGUACCUGCAGUCUGAGCACCAGAAGGAACCGUAUUUCUUACCUGUCCUGUCUGACGCCUGCAGAAUUACCAUCAUGUGGAAAUUUGGUGGCAUCUACCUGGACACAGACUUCAUUGUGCUUAAGAACUUAAAGAACCUCACCAAUGCCCUUGGUAUCGAGGACCAGAAUGUACUGAACGGGGCCUUUCUGUCCUUUACACCCAAGCAUGAGUUCAUGGAGCUUUGCAUGCAGGACUUUGUGGAUAACUACAAUGGCUGGAUCUGGGCGCACCAGGGCCCACAGCUCUUAACGCGUGUCUUCAAGAAGUGGUGCUCCAUCAAGAAUAUCCAGAACAACAUGAGCUGCAAAGGGGUGCGUGCUCUUUCCCCAGAAGCCGUUUAUCCUAUUCGCUGGGAGGACUGGAAGAAGUUAUUUGAAACAAUCAGCUCCUCAGAGCUUCACAAGCUCCUUAAGAACACCUACGCGGUGCACGUGUGGAACAAACUGAGCCACGGGACAAGGCUAGAGAUCACAUCCCAGGCUUUGCUGGCUCAGCUGUAUUCUCAGUUCUGCCCUGCCACAUAUGCGAAGAUGAAGGAGGACUCUGAAGAGCAGUCAAGGCCUGCAAUGUGACCUGGGGG